UCCUUCUUGCUAUGUGGAUUACGGCUCUCCCUGCCUACUGCAUUCCUGCUGCUGGAAACGAACACUGAAGCAUCCCAAAGCAUUUUUACUGGAGUGUAAGGACUUUUAAUAGCAUUUCUCUUGAGCCAGCGGUAGGCGGACUAUUGCUGUUAAUUCAGAUAAGCAUGGAUAUGAACGGACGUGGAAUGCCUCCAUCGAUACCUGAGGAUGAAGCUGUACACCACAGUCCUCACAGCGAGAUGAACGGCUACCAUCAGAGGCUUCAGGGCGGUGGAGGAGAUGGAGCGGAGGAUGAGGUCCCCGUGUCCAAAUCACAGAGGCGGAAGAGUGAUGUGAAAGUCUACAAGGAGUUUUGUGAUUUUUAUGCUCGCUACAACAUGGCCAAUGCACUGGCCAAUGCCAUGUGUGAGCGCUGCAAGAGUGGCUUUGACCCAGUAGAGAAGAUAGUGAACAGCAAUGGGGAACUUUACCAUGAACAGUGCUUCGUGUGUGCCCAGUGUUUCCAGCAGUUCCCAGAGGGGCUCUUCUAUGAGUUUGAAGGCAGGAAGUACUGUGAGCAUGACUUCCAGAUGCUGUUUGCACCUUGCUGCCACCAGUGUGGUGAGUUCAUUAUUGGCCGUGUGAUCAAGGCAAUGAACAACAGUUGGCAUCCAGACUGUUUCUGCUGUGAUAUCUGCCAGGCUGUGCUCGCAGAUGUUGGAUUUGUUAAGAAUGCUGGAAGGCAUCUGUGCCGCCCAUGUCACAACAGAGAGAAAGCUCGGGGCCUCGGCAAGUACAUCUGCCAGAAGUGCCACGCCAUUAUUGAGGAGCAGCCUCUGCUUUUCAAGAACGACCCCUACCACCCUGAUCACUUCAACUGCAACAACUGCGGUAAGGAGCUGACAGCUGAUGCAAGGGAGCUGAAGGGGGAGCUCUACUGUCUACCCUGCCACGACAAGAUGGGUGUCCCGAUCUGUGGAGCCUGUAGGAGACCCAUUGAAGGCCGUGUGGUUAAUGCAAUGGGCAAGCAGUGGCAUGUGGAGCAUUUUGUGUGUGCUAAGUGUGAGAAACCUUUCCUGGGACACCGUCACUACGAACGCAAGGGCCUGGCCUACUGCGAAACGCACUACAACCAGCUGUUUGGAGAUGUUUGCUACCACUGCAAUCGUGUCAUUGAAGGCGAUGUGGUGUCUGCUCUUAACAAGGCGUGGUGUGUCAACUGUUUUGCCUGCUCUACUUGCAACACCAAGCUCACCCUGAAGAACAAGUUUGUGGAGUUUGACAUGAAGCCGGUGUGUAAGAAGUGCUAUGAGAAAUUCCCCCUGGAGCUGAAGAAGAGACUGAAAAAGCUGUCUGAAACUGUUGCAAGGAAGUAAAAACACAGUGGAGCAGCUGGAGAGGGAAAGAUAGACGAGACCGUGAUGUGGCCGUGUACAAGCCCAGAAUUAAAAUAAAGAAUUUGUGUGUUUUGCAACUGCUAUGUUGCAUUUAGGUUGGUUAUAGCUAGAAAGCAUUGCGCUUUCAAUUUCAUGUGCCGGCAGCUCCGCAGUCACAUUGUCGGUCUGACAGCUUUAACAUUGUGCCUUGUACCAUUUUUGCAGAAUUGCUCCACUGUGUGUUUUACACAUGCCUGCUAAUUUCCUAUAUUUAAAAAAGUGACAUGAGUUUUAAGAGUACAUGGAAAGCUGGAGGUAAUAUGAUGACUUAAAAGCUUUGCCACCACCUUUAUUGAAAAAUAUUACUGCUUCAUUAUUAUAACAAUCAAGUAAGCCCAAAGAAAGAAAAUGUCCUAAAUGUGUAAAUAACCUCAAAUAUUUCCAACUUGUAUCAUUUUAUGUAAUAGUAGUGUUUAUUUCCAUUAAUAUUAUGCAUAAUAAGUAUUUUGUCUGCCUUUUUUUUUUUUUGUUGUUUUUUGGACCUACAUUUUAAUAUACAGCAUGCUACAGAGGUGGACUCGACCAUCACCUGCAGUAUGUUGGAUUGCCUUGUUACUGUAUGUGCUAUGUAUCUUUGUGUGGCAUGAGCUCUGUGCAAAUUGGUAUUUAUUCAGCAUUUUUUUUUAAGUUUGCGUUUACAAUCUGAAUUAAUUCAAUACAGCCAAAGUGCCGAGGGUGAAAUUUUGAUUUAUUAAAUACAUGUGAGUGAAUAACUGUUACCUGUCAGUGUUCUAUAAAACAAUCCCUCCCCCGCCUCGAUGUGCUGUCAACAAAUAUUGAUCAUAACAAGCGUCUGAGCCACAGGAUUUAUUGAAUGGUUACUGCAAACUCACUGGGUGUUACAACAUGACGGCUUGUAGCAUGUACAGAGACCGGAUGUGGGAUUGAUGUUGAACGUUUCCUCUGUUGUUUGUAAUCCAGGGAAAGUGAUCCUCUUAGGGAGGUGUACCGACUUCCUCGGGGCUCAGACCCACUUAGGAAAGAAAGCCAAACUGGUCUCAUUCUUGCAGAAUGCUUCACAUGAGCUGCAUUUUAUCACAAAGCUUUGCUUAAAAUACAAGCUCUAUAGAUAAACACAUUCCACUAUUUUAUCAUUAUAAAGUGUAUGUUACUGCUGUGCAUUUCAGUGCAGAUGGCACAACUUUCUCUAUGUCAUAUAGAAGUAAAACUAUCCGCUGGGCUGAUUGUUGUGAGGCAGAAUUUCGGCACCUCGAGCCACAAAUAGUUCAGUGCAUGGUUUUAUUUGAUACUUUACUACUCUGAUGGACUGAGAUGACUCUGUGCAAACAGAUACUGCUCUGAUACUGGAUAUCAUCAUUGCAAUGUUUGCGAGCAGAUUUAUUCAUGUUAACACACCAAAGUGCAUGUUCUCAACUUGAAAUUUGGAAAGUUGUUUAUUAUAUUUAAUGGCGUUCUGACACUUCAUCAAAAUAAACACAUAUGCCAAUGCUA